AUGGCAAGUGAAGGUUUGGCUUUUGUGUUUAAUAUGAUCGUGGCAUUUUUGGCUAUCCUCGGAAACGGUUUGGCGAUUUUCGUCAUGACGGUCAGGCGUAAACAGUUCAGCUCCUUCACUAACCGACUUAUCCGUCACCAGUCCAUCAUCGACUUCAUCUCUGGUUUGGUGUUCCUCGCAGUGACUUUUAUCAGACAAACUUCGCUUUUGGACAAUUUGGAAAUUAAUUUCUUCGGUUUGAUUCUCUGUAGGUUGGUUGGCUCAGGUUUUUUCGUUUGGGGUGUAAGCGUAGCAUCCACGUACAAUCUGGUGGUGAUAUCGCUGGAGCGUUUUCUUGCCACGUGCUAUCCGGUCAAACACCGCAACUACUGCUCACUCUUAAAGAUCAAAGUUUCAAUGUGUGUUGCUUGGAUCAUCGGUUUCACGUAUGCGCUGAGGUCUACCUUUUUGUUCAAAUUCACUGGUAACAAGUGCGGCUAUGAUUAUUCCACAAGUCCCACUGCUAGGAUCGUUCUGUUCAUUGUGAUUAUGUUGGUGGAGUACGCUAUUCCUGUGACACUCAUCUCGUUUUCAUACGUGAGAAUACUCCUCGUUCUUCGACACAAACUUGACAAUGUUAACGCCAAUCAGCAAAAUGGUAUCUUGAGCAAGGCUAAGAGAAACGUCAUCAUGACGUUGUUGAUUGCUGGUUGCAUGUUCUUCAUUUGCUGGACUCCGAUGCAGGCGUUUCGGGUGUUCAUUGCCAUCGGUGCAUUUUCUUCAAGCUCCGGCGCAUUAGUAAUUCUCAUUGGUCAGGCGUUUAUGAGUAUGAUCAUGUGCAACAUGUGCGUGAAUCCAGUCGUUUAUUGCUUCAAAUACGAGCAUUUCCGCACUCAGCUGAAGCAACUCGUACAGAAGCGAUUUCGCCGAAAGCGGGUGCGUCCUGGAGAGUCUACUGGUGCGCCCUCUUUGGCCAUAGACCCGAUUCAGCAAACGGCAACAGCACAAACGCUCUAG